AUAAUAAUAAUAAUAGGGGCAGGAAUAUUAAAACAUGCAGCCCGCGGGCCGCCCCCACAGCUGCCAUGAGACACGGCACCGGAGCGGUGCCACUGCUGCUCAACAUGUACCUGCCAGAUCCAGUCGGGGAAACUUUGUUCAAAGACGGGAAGAGCCAGGCGUGGGGGUCUCUCAGCCCCGGCGUGCAGAAAGGCAGCGGGCAGAUCCAGCUGUGGCAGUUCCUGCUGGAGCUGCUUUCGGACCGGGCCAACCUGAACUGCAUCGCCUGGGAGGGCACCAACGGGGAGUUCAAGCUGAUCGACCCCGACGAGGUGGCGCGCCGCUGGGGUGAGCGCAAGAGCAAGCCCAACAUGAAUUACGACAAGCUGAGCCGCGCACUGCGCUACUACUACGACAAGAACAUCAUGACCAAGGUGCACGGCAAGCGCUACGCCUACAAGUUCGACUUCCACGGGCUGGCCCAGGUGUGCCAGCCGGCCACCCCCGACCACACCCUGUACAAAUUCCAGGGCAACCUGGCACCGCUGCCCUUCUCGGGCAUCUCCAAACUCAACCUCAUGACCUCGGGAGUGACGCCGGCUGGCUUCUCCUACUGGGCUGGCUCCAGCCCGUCCCUGUACCCGGGGCAUGGGCUCCAGCCCUCAGCCUCGUUCAGCGCCAUGGCGGCCUCCCACCUCAACAACAUGAACAACCAUUACCAUUAGGGGCUCAGCUGUGCCACCUGGAUGCUCCAUGGCCCUGGCAGCAUGGGGCUGCGGAUUUGGGAAUCUCAGCAGGGAGGGGUGGGGGAUGGGAUUGUGCCCUGCUCUCACGUGUCCCCUUUUAUGUUUGAUGUGGUGUGGGGGAUGGGGGGUGCUCGCAGGAAAGUUGGGUUUGUUCUCUGAUGUGGGUGGCUGGAGGAGGGAAGCCAUCUAAAUUUAAGAUGAGGAAGUAUCCAUGAUCCUGGGAAUGGAUGUGGAUACCUAAAGCAGGGUGUGAAUGGAAGGAAAAACCAUGGACUCCUCUCCUGGCAGGGCCCCACCUUUCCUUUGUACCAUGCUGUCCAUGCCAUGAAUGCCCCUAGCUGUGCCUUCAGCCUCUGCCUGCCCUCCCCAUUCCCUGCAGAGAGGAGUCAGGAGCUGGGGCCCCAGGGCAGCUGUGUCCAUGAAUGAGGGUCCCACUGAGCAGGGACAAGGAAAGGGAACCUUCCUUGACCACUUGGUCCCCUCACCUUUGUCUCCAAAGGCUUUGUUUCCUCCAUCCCUCCGAUACCUGCUCCCUGAAGGUGACUUCCUUCAGACCUCAGGAGAGCAGAUGCUUUCUGUGGGUUCACUCAGACCCAGGGCAGGGCUCUGGGGUUGGAGGUGCCAGGGACAAGUGUGGGGCUCACCCUCAGGGCAAGACCAGAUCUUGGAGGCAGCAUAGCCCGGUCUCUGCAGCUCUGCCCUCUCCCCAGUGCCCAAGGAUUACACUACGGACAGUCCCUGACACCCUGCACAUGAGCCAGUGUCCUGCUUAUCACUUCCUAGAGUAAUGUUCCAGUUUUACUCCAGCUUUAGCCUCUCACAUGCAGGGCUUGGUGGGACACCCUCCAUAAGUGGGAACAUCCCCAGGGACAAGGCAGCGUGGGUGGUGGAGCAGAAGAAGGGAUGACAGCAGGCCUGGAAGCCCCAGGCACCAAGGGGCAGCCCUGGAUCUCUCCCCCGGGUUCAAGGAGCUGCCCCCAUCCUCUGGAGCAGGACUUUGGCCCAGUGGAUGCACAAGAGCUGGGCACGCUGAGCUCCACACUGGCUGGGGGGGGGGUUGGUGUUCAA